AUGGGUGUCCAAAGAAAGACCAGAAAGUUUGCCCUGGCCAAAAGGGCCAUCACUAUGAAGGAUAACCGCCUGAAGUCAAACCAAGACAAGAAAGAAGAGGAAAAGCCCAAGGAUGAUCUGAUCAGAGAAGCUCCCCAGGCUCCUUCGUCCAUGUUCUUCCAAUACAACACAGCUCUCGCUCCCCCGUACUCCGUCCUGGUCGAUACCAACUUCAUCUCCCACACCAUUCAACACAAGCUCGAGGUCAUCCCAAGCAUGAUGGACUGUUUAUACGCAAAGUGUAUCCCAAUCGUCACAGACUGCGUUCUAGCCGAGUUGGAAAAGCUGGGCCCGAAAUACCGUCUUGCUCUGCGUGUGGCCAAGGACACUCGUUUUGAGAGAGUCAAGUGUGACCACAAGGGUACCUAUGCCGAUGACUGUCUCGUCGACCGUGUGAUCAAGCACCGUGUCUACAUCAUCGCCACCAACGAUCGCGACCUCAAGAGACGUAUUCGUAAAAUCCCUGGUGCUCCUAUCAUGAGCGUUGCUCGCGGAAAAUACGUUAUCGAGCGCCUCCCCGAUGCCCCCGAGAAGUGA